GCCGAGUGCGCGUGCAGAGAUGCGCCCCCGGCAGCACGGGGCCGCAGUCCGCACAAUAAAGAAAAAAAUCCCCACGGAGUUAGGGGAACAGAGAGGCGGCGAACCUAGACGGAGAGAGAGACGCCGUCCUAAUCCUCCUGGACGCCGAAGAGGCAGACUCGAUUAAUAGUCACGGUCGCGAGAGAAACGACGUCGUCCUCGACGGAGCCUCGGGAUGAGACUGGUACUUUGAGCGGCGCUUCCGUUACGGAGGACUUCGAUGGACCAUCGUUGCCCACCACCGGGGCGACGCGACUCGCGGCUUUAAACCGACCCAGUCGAUCAGACGCGAUGUGCACGUCGGUCAUGUAAACGCUCCGUGUUGUAUCCGCGUGGUGUGUUACGUGUCAUUCGCGAGUGUGACUUACGAGACUUUCUUGAGAAAUGAGACCGAGUGCGGUACUGCUGUUGCUGUUCCUGUGCACCCUGUUCCUCUCGUCCGAGUCGAAGCUGAGGCAACAGGCAGCGGUGGACGACGACGACGAAGAUGAAGAUGAGUGGGACGACGAGGACGACGAGGACGAAGACGAAGACGAUCCGUCCUACGAGCCCAAGCCGGAGGUUGACGACGACGGACGCAUCUACAAGAACCCGAGGAACUCACCGUCGGCGAUGUGCCCGCGCGAUGAAAAACAAGCGGAUCUCCUCGGGCAGAAGUGUCUGAGGAAGUGCUCCACCGACGAGGACUGCAAGAGCAAGAAGAAGAAAUGCAGAUGCGACGGUGCGUGCGGCAUGUCCUGCAUCAAGCCCGAGAGGGAAUGCCCCGUGCUCAACGAGAUAUCUCACGGUGUGCUGAUGGUCACCGGGAGAUUCUUCGGGCAUCGGGCACGUUACACCUGCGAUCCCGAUUACUAUACCGUGGGCCUCACCGAGAGAACGUGCAGGGCCGACGGCCACUGGACCGGCACGCAGCCCUCGUGCAAGAAGGACGCGACGUCCUUUUGCUCUCAGCCGCCGAAAAUGAAAAACGCGCGACACAACGCUCUCAGCGAGCAGACGACCUUCGACCUGGACAGCGUCAUUCAAUACUUCUGCAAUCACGGAUACGUGACCGCCGGUGUUAGGAAAGCCAAAUGCCUGAUGAUGGAGGGUGCAGCGAGCUGGUUCGGACCGGACAUCACCUGCGAGCCGCAGAGUUGCGGACCUCCGGCGGACAUCCCUAACGGAUGGCACGCGGGCGAGUGUUACACGUACGACUGUCGCGUGUCAUACCACUGCGCGGUGGGAUACGAAUUAGUCGGGAAAGCGGAGAAGCUCUGUUUGGCGGACGGCACAUGGACCCCGAAAGAAUCGCCGCAAUGCGUUCAAGUUACAUCGGUGCAAUGCCCCAAGCCGGAUAAUCCAGUAAAAGGGAAGGCGGUGUACACCUCGUAUGCAUACAAUUCCAUCGUGCAUUACGAGUGCGACUACGGUUACACGGUGGUAGGUGCCGGGACGAGGCGCUGCGGCGCUGAUAAAAAAUGGACUGGAAAGAUGCCCACUUGCCAGGAAAUUAAUUGCGGUUCACCUGGUGUUCUGUAUAACGGCUGGAUUGAGAAUAUCGAGUCGGGCACGGGGCUAGGUGCCAGCAUUAUUUUCCGCUGCAACGUUCACAUGAAGCUCGAGGGAAACACUUCCUCCAUUUGCCAGGCCGACGGGAAAUGGAGUUACCCGUUGCCGCAGUGUCUCGCGCCGUGCGUGGUGCCGCAAAUAGAGUAUGGGAACAUAACUGUGGCCAGCGACGACAACGACCACGUCAACAACGCCACUGUCGUCGAGCACGGCGAGAGGCUGCUGGUUUCCUGCGUGCAGAAUUACGAAUUCGCCGCGAACAGUACACCGGUGCUGUGCCAAAACGGUACCUGGUCGAUAGUUCCCAGUUGCUCGCCGGCUAGGUGCAAGCAGAUGCCGAAAGCGCCGAAAAACGGUAUGGCGAUCGCGCCGAAGACCGAUCACGGGAUGAAGGCAGUGUUCAAGUGCAAGGAUGGCUUCAAACUAGUCGGUGGUGGGCCCUUCAACACCUCCAUGUCGGUGGAAUGUCAGUACGGCAACUGGACCGGGGAUAUUCCUCAUUGCAUACAGGUCUUCUGCCCGUUUCCUGGUUUCAUCGAGAACGGGAAGGUCUUCUUGGUGGGCAACAUGGGCGUUUACGAUUACAGGCCCUACGUAAAGAAGGUCGUCAAUAACAAGCAGAUCAUGUACGACUGCGAUAAAGGUUACGUGCUGGACGACGGACCCACCGGGGCCACUUGCAUCGGUGGCUACUGGAGGCCCAAGACUUUGCCCAAGUGCAUCCCUGGACAACAUCCUAGGCUACGCUGGAACAGGCGUCGAAGGUCUGUCGACGACGAGGAUCUCACUCUCAGCUAUCGGAAAUUCAUCGAGUUCUUCCGUAAGAUCGGCAAGAAGCUGCUCCACCUGCAGAUGAACAAGGGUAAGGAUCACGCGAAGCAUCGCGCCGAGGCGAAGAACAGCAACGUGAGCCAUCACGAGGGCAACACGACCGCGGAUCCCUUAUCCUGGAAGAAGCAUCCCGGCCACGGGAACCGAUCGCGCCUGCCCGAGGAGAAAAUGAUCGACUUCCUGAAGAUCGUCUAUCGCAAGCUGCAGCGUAUCGACGCCAGACAGUCGGGCAACGCGACGAACGGCAGCAUGCACGAUCUUCUGAACGCGAUGAGCAAGAACUUCUUCCACGUGGACCUGUCCGAGUCCCGCAGGAACGGCUCGGGCAGAGGACGCUCCGAGUUCGAGAUCAGGAAUCAGCGGGAGUUCGUCAAGCUGAAGCGCGAAUUCGAGAGGAUCAUGCGGUUCUAUAACAAGUCGAUGCGCUGGAACGAGAAGCAGAGCCGCAAGGACUCGAAGAAGAAGAACGGCGGCACGUCUCACCUGGACAAGGCGAAGAAGUCGAAAGAGAAAAAGAAGCACAGGAAGAACUACUACAAAGGCUUCUACGAGUUCCUCAACUGUUACGUGACGGAGAAGCUGUCCAUGCUUGAGGCGCGCAACGCGACGGAGGAGCUGAUCAAGAAGAUGAAGAUCGACAAGUUCACCGUGAGAAACGGCACAAUGUUCACCGUGGGCGAGAUGUACGCGUUCUUCAAACAUAUCAUUGAGGAGAGAUUGAACGGGACGGAAGAAACGACCAUGACAGAGGCGUCGACGGUGCCGUCGUCGCCGACGCCUGCUACUACCACUACGAUGACGUCGAGCGCGCCGACGACGAGCCCCGCGACCACGACGCUGCCGACGCCGAGAGAGAUCGAGUCCCACGAUAAUCGAACCUCGUCGACGCCGACGCCCGGUAACGAGUCCUCUGUCUUGGACAACGAGAUUCCCGCCAAAGAAGGUGUGCCGAAGCACCGCAGCAAGCGAAUACGAAACGCGUCCGAAGACGCGGGACCAUCGCGUCAGAAGAGGAGGUUAUUGUCCGUCAACGAUCUUCAGAACGUCGGAUCGUCGCCGAAACGCAGGGUCUCGAAGCGAUCGAGGGCCUACGACGAGGAGAAAAGAAGUCGGUUCACGUUCGACGGACUGGAGGCUCAGCAACAAAGCCGCUCGAAGCGAUUUCUGCUGAUGUCGGAGCUGGAUAAUCAAAUAUUUCUAAAGAAUCUGUAUCUGAACGCAUACGAGGACGGAUACCGGACGAACGUGAAACGGUCCAUCGUCCAGGAGAAUCCCACGAACGGCCCGACCACCGUCUACAGGAGGCGCAAGGGUAACCUCGACGCGUACGAGAUCAAGUGAACCGGGGAGAUCGUAAUUGUGUUGUGAUAUUAACGGAAUUUAUUAAGUCAUUUACCGAUAUCAAUCGAUUUUAGGCGAGUAUGCAUCAUAUACGAUAGUCGUAAUCGUUGUCCCUCGUCGAUGCGCAUUGUAAGACGUGUAUCGCGCUUUUUUGAUGAAUAAAUCUUUUCCAUGCAAGUCUCGGUGUGGCCCGUAUUCAACGGGCGUCAUUAUUCGACAGUUUUUCGCCCGCGAUGUGAGCCGAUAGCGCGAUGUUUGUUCUCAUUUAUUCAGUUGUCGUUGCGCGAGUAAAAUCGAUGUGCCGUUCCCGUCGCGGGCGCGAGGGGAUCCGUAGAGCGUCCACCCUUUGCAGUCGAAAUCGACGUUCUUGUAAGAUCGAAAUUCUAGGUAAGGGAGUUCAUUGUCUCUCGCUAUGUUUCAGACUGAUCUGUUUCCAAUUUUCUCAGUUUUUUCAUUUACUUGUACUCGGAUUUUUUAGUUCUUUCUCAAGGGGGGCUGUAUUUAUUAUUUUUUUUUUAUUGUAGAGUGUUUCGAAACUGUUUGGAUUUCUCAUCGAUGAUUGUGUAAUUAUCUGAAUUUAAUUUGGAAAUCUUCCUUUCUCUAUUUCUUUUUAUAUUUAUUAUUUUUUUACUGCAGAGUGUUUUAGAAACGUGUUCGAGGCAUCUUCGAUCGUGCAAUUAUCUGAAUUUAAUUUAAAAGUCUUCCUUUCCAAACGUGUUUGAAUUCGUUAUCUUGGACCGUCCACAUCAGAAUUUAAUUUAGAAGUUCGAUCAAAUGAAUGCGUAUUACGAACCGCGUGAAUAAUUUUCACGUGAACUCCCGUUUCUACUGGAAACGUCGACGUAAUUUAGACAUAGAGCAGCUGCUACAUCUAGAGAUAACCGCAACGUGAAAGUACGUACUUACUUUAACGUUUCUUAUCGUAGUUAGCUCACAUCGCAAAGUAUUUUAAGCUCUUCGGAAAAAAUCGUAUUUAGUAGGGAAUAUGUUAACGUAUUUUAAGUAUAUUGUGGGAAUCGCAUGAAACACGUUCGGGACUCGUUAUAAUCAAAAGACGAUCUUCGUUAACAAUUAAGUUUCAUGACUGCGGGCUGUGUUUGUUGAAUAUUAUAUAUGGAUUAAAAUAGGUUUUUUAACUGUUAUCGAAAAACCGAACGCAUUGUAUUCGCGUAACGUUGUACAUACGUUCAUUUGACGUCUUUCUCUUCGGUUUGAUACCAACGAAACGAAAUGAAAAAAAAAAAGAAAAGAAGAAACAAAAAAAAACAAAUAUACGAUCGUAUCGACAUUCCCGUCCUUCUCUUUGUAAUUAAUUUUUACUUGUGAAUAUUUAAGGUCCAGAAAAAAACACGUUCGAACCAUGUGUAUCAAUCGGUCUACUCGACCGUCCAUUUCACACGCAAACAAUCAAACUCCACACUCAUACAUGUGCAUUUUCAUGAACAAAACGCCACGGACAAGUAUCAUUAGUGAAUAAUAAGUAUUAUGAUACGAACAAU